AGUUCGUUCGUAGUCAAGGAAGUUGUAAGUUAGUCUUUUUCUUUUCAUUUUUCAAAGCACAGUAGGCGCUUUCGUUUAGUAAAUUGCAAAGAGUACAUGCGCUUGGACGAGUACCUGUAGGACAGGUGCAUUCGAGCUAGUGCGUCACCACUUUAUUGCGAAUUGAGAGAUCAUCAGGCCCGUCUCAUGGCGGGUAAAUAUUGGUGCACAUCAUGUUCGUGUGUGGAGAUGAUUCGGGACGGGCUCUUUGGCAAAAAGAACAACCACCAAGGUAAUAAAGGUACCGGGAACGAGAACGAUGCCGACGAGCCUGUUGAUUUGGAUAAUGGGUCUGCCAUACAGUACAAGGUACACCGCGAAGCGCUCAAACCUCCCAAAGCCUCAGAGAGUGGCAUGUAUAAGGCUCUUUGGUCGUUCGAUGCCCGGGCAGACGAUGAAGUGACUUUCAAGGAAGGAGAACUCUUCAAAAUAAUCAGUCGGAACGGUGACUGGUGGACCGCGCAGAAGAUAGAUAAGAAUGGGAUAUGUUUGGUGACAGGGAUAGUGCCAAAACACUACCUUGUCCGAGGAGAAUCUGUUGAGGCACAACCCUGGUAUUUUGGGAAGAUGGACAGAUUUGAGGCGAUGAACCAUCUACUGUCUCCGGAGAACGCGAAAGGAGCUUUCCUCAUCCGCCUCAGCGAGAAAGACAGCGUGGGACAUGUCCUCUCAGUGAAAUCUGACAAACAGGUGAAACAUUUUAAAGUGGUUGAGGAAGGAGGACGGUUUCACCUGAACCAGACCCAAAGCUUCUGCACUUUAAUGGAUCUGGUGGAGUUCUACUCAACAAACAACCUGGGCUCUCUGCUCAGGCUGGGCGAACCCUGCGCCAAGAGUGAGCCCAAGCCAAAGGACCUGAGCCACAGCACGGUGGAUGAGUGGGAGCUGCCCAAGGAGGAGUUCUCCCUGGAGGAGAAGCUGGGCAGCGGAUACUUCGCUGACGUCUUCCGGGGUCAGUGGAAGACGCUCAUCAACGUGGCCGUCAAGAUCCUCAAGAACGAUGAGUUAAACCACAAGGAGUUCCAGCUGGAGGUGCAGAUGAUGAAAAAGCUCCGCCAUCGUCACCUGAUCUCGCUGUUCGCCGUCUGCACCGCCACGCCCCCCUACUACAUCAUCACCGAGCUCAUGGAGAAGGGCAACCUCCUCGACUUCCUGCGAGGUGAGGAGGGUUCAUGUAUGGACCUGGUGUCUCUGGUGGACAUGGCUGCCCAGGUGGCUGAUGGGAUGGCAUACCUGGAGGAGCAGCAGAGCAUCCACAGAGACCUGGCGGCACGGAACGUUCUGGUGGGGGAAAACAACAUCUGCAAGGUGGCCGACUUUGGGCUGGCGCGGGUCAUCAAGGAGCCUUUCUACAUCUCUGAGGAGAAGAAAAUCCCUUUCAAGUGGAGCGCACCAGAGGCCAUCAGCCACGGAAAGUUCUCCAACAAAUCCGACGUCUGGUCCUUUGGCAUUCUGUUGUAUGAGAUCCUCAGCUAUGGAUCGGUGCCCUACCCAGCCUUCAGCAACUUAGAAGUCUACAGCCAGGUGUUCAAUGGAUACAGGAUGCCGGCUCCGCCCAAAUGCCCAGACAUCCUCUAUGACAUCAUGCUGUCCUGCUGGAAGGACUUUCCCUCUGAUAGGCCAGAUUUCAAGGACCUGAGCCCCUGGUUGGAGAGCAUUAACUUGAACGAGGUGGAGUGACCCUGUAGCUGAAGUGACAGGCGCUGACCACCAGGGGGAGGUGGAGACAACAUGUGGGACCAUGCACCUAGCAGUAGGCAGUUGGAAUAAAUAAACAAAAUGCUUAUCUGAUUAGCCUUUGAGUAGCAAGCACAAAACUGACUUCAAGCAAGUCGGAAGAUUCAAGAACACAGAUGGUAAAUGUUGACAGGAGCCGACAGGCAGAGCUUGUCUGGGCAUCCUACUGCUGUUAGUCUGUGUUGAUUGUGUCAUUGACUGACCAAGGUGUUAGUAAAGAGAGGAGAGGACUCCUCUACCUGCAGUCUGAGCCACCAGCUUCUCUGCUGACUGCCCUUGUUUCCAUUCUGGAACAGGGAACACUGCUGACAUCAUCCUGUGGAAUGUGGUGGAUGUUGUUGUUGCUGGGGAUUCUCACUUUCUAAUAUAUUCUUUCUCCUUUUAUUCCAUGUUUGUAUUUAAGGAAAUACCGUUUCCCCACGUGUAAAUGCUUGAUUGUCCACUUUCAUCAUCAUCAUUAAGUUAAAUCAUCAAGGUUAAGUGUGUGAAAAAUGGGUUUUGUUUUCUGUGAGAAAUGUUCCACUAUGUGUGUGUGUGAAAGGGAAAGAUAUAGACUUUUUUAGUAGAGACAUUCAGUCAUCCCAAAGGUUAGUGGUGUGUGAUAUUAUGCAGGUGCUGCAUUCCCCCUGUCUCUUUUGGUAAACUAGGUCACUGGCCAUUCAGUGUAUACACACUCAGACACACACACGCAGACACACACACGUACACACACUUUGUGUGUAUUAAAGCAUUUGUAUUCGGCUGUGCGUGUCUGCAUGGCUGAGUAAGUUACUGUGUUUCUCUGUGUGUCGAGAAGCUGCCAGUAAAAGUGCUGCUGUGGAUACCCUGCUAAAUAGAUACCUGGUCAAAAGAGGUCAGACCACAGAAAUAGAUGCACCCUCUCAACCCUACACCCCAGACUGGCAGCCUGGUUUACUGGCUGGUUGGCUGACUGGCAGCCUGGUUGUCUAACUGGCAGGUGGGUUUACUGGCUGGCUGUCAAACUGGCAGGCUGGUGUACUGACUGGCUGGCCAACUGGCAGGCUGGUGGGGUGGCUACUUAACUGGCUGACUGGUUGUCAGGCUGUCCAUCUGUCUGGUAAAGGAAGAGAGGCUCUGAUGGCUGUGGAACGAAGCAAAGAGUUUUUGCAAAGUCAUUGCGUUGGAGUAGUUCACCUCCCAAUGAUUUCCUCCACUGAUAUCUAUCUGUCGAAACAGGGCAGCCUUUGAAUGCACACCUCAAAGGGGGACCCCUUGUGGGCCUACCAGUGUGUAUAUUCAGGCUCCUCCUUCUGAAUAACUUCUUCCUGAGUCAGUAGUAUACAUGCAGGCCUGCAGCAGUGUGCAUGAGGUUAUGUGGUGGGAGUGCACGUGAUGAAGCGUGCCCUGCUCGUGCAGCCUGCAUUC